GGGGCGGGAUCCAUGUCCUGACUCUCCUCUGCUGUUUACAGUUUUUUUUCCUCUAGGAUCCUGAUACGUGGCUGUUUGGGAAAGCCGUGGUGGUGACCGACAGCUAGCGGGUCUCAGCCUUCAGCCGCUGCCUGGGAGCCUGGAAACACUCAGCGGCGCAAGCCUGCCUUCAUCUAGCCGGCCUGGAUGGCAGGGACACACUGGUGCAAAGACUGCCGAAAUCACAAGCUUUACUGGUUGCACGUGCUUUCUGGACCGUGGGACGGAUGAAAGGUGGAAGCUGUAAGAGGCCCAGCUGGGCUGUAGUUACUCAGUUUAUCACAGUUACCCUGCUGAUGCUGACCUCCAGGGGAGCAUCAAGCAGCCAGAAGAUGACACAAACAUCUAUGGCUCAUGCUACGGCCACAGCUGCAGGACCAGGCCCCAUCCUGACAGAUGACCUCCCAGGCCUCCAGGCAGUAGCAGACUUCUUAGCCAGCGAACAAGCUCAUGUUUGGCUCUUAUCUCUGGUGGGCUCAGUUGUUGUAGGCCUCAGUGGGAUUUUUCCCCUGCUUGUCAUUCCCAUUGAAGCAGGAGCAGCCCUCAAAACAGAAGCUGGAUGCCAGAAACUGAAGAAGCUUUUGAGCUUUGCUAUUGGUGGUCUCCUUGGCGAUGUAUUCCUUCACCUCCUUCCUGAGGCGUGGGCGCUCUCUGGCUCUUUAGCUGGUAAACACAACCACUACAAGACCCAGGGCCUGUGGGUAAUAACUGGCCUGCUGGCCUUCCUUCUCCUGGAGAAGAUGUUCCCAGACCAAGACAGCCACGAGGAUCCGCCUUCACAUUCAGACAUGAAUUCUAACUCUGCCAAACAGUCUGAUUCAGUUUUCAGUGGAAAAGCAGUGGUAUCACUCAGAAAUGGACACCAUGCUGAGUCAUGGAAAUCCUCCAAGCAACAGAGUCUGCCGGAAAGAUCAGAGAAAAUUAAGACGAGUGGGUACCUAAACCUGCUGGCCAACUGUAUUGACAACUUCACCCACGGACUGGCAGUAGCAGGGAGUUUCUUGGUCAGCAAGAAGGUUGGGUUCCUCACCACCUUUGCCAUCCUGCUCCAUGAAAUCCCGCAUGAGGUGGGAGACUUCGCUAUUCUCCUGCGGGCUGGCUUCGACCGGUGGAGUGCUGCUCGCAUGCAGCUGUACACGGCGCUGGUUGGGGUCUUAGGAGCCUGCUUUGCUCUGUGCGCUCAGUCACCAAAAGGCACAGAAAAUGCUACUGCCUGGAUACUGCCUUUCACCUCUGGAGGCUUUCUCUACAUAGCCUUGGUGAAUGUGGUGCCUGACCUGCUAGAGGAGUCCAGUUUAAGGCACUCCCUACUGCAGAUCCUGCUCAUUUUCUGCGGCGUGGCUGUCAUGGCUCUCUUGUCUGCCAUCGUUGACUGAACACAGAUGAAACCCCCUCUCGCCUUACCAAACGAACAACACUACAAUCCAGCACGGGAGAGAAAUCCUGUUCUCCACCAGCCUCUUAAUAUCUGGUACCUCUCAUUCAUAAAAACUGAGAGAUUACACCUCCUUGAUAUUGUCAUCGUCAUUAUGUCACACUAAAACAAAAAUCUGACAAAAGAAUGGCACCUUAUGGAUGGAUGACUGAAAGGAAGACCUUUCUGACAGGACAUUUGUGCGGACACUUUAAAAUGUGCCAGACCUACAAUAAAUACUAAGGGAAUUAAGAGGGUUUGUACCGAUAUCUGUUACCAAAUUGUCUUAUAUUGUUGAUCAGACAAUCACGUUGUUUUGCACAUACAUGUACAUAGACCUGAUGCACCGGUUCAACAGAACAGGUAUGAUUGGAUCUCUACAUGACCACCUCCUUAAAAAUGUAUUCAACCAUUAA